UCUAGUUUAGAAAUUACCAUACUCACAGCUAUCCAAAGCAUGAUAUAUCGCAGGUGUAAAAAAAUUAUCAAAAUCCAAAUUACAACACAUGAUGAUUUAUCAGAAAAAUACUUAAAACAACUUUUAAAAAUAGUUAGCACUCAAACUAAGCUCAAGGAACUUGAUUUAAUUGGUUGUCAUAUUUAUAACAAUUUUGACUUUACUCAAUAUAUAUUAGCAAAACCUCAAAGCUUAAGAAAACUAGUUUUGCAAAAAAUUAAAUUUGAUAAUUAUGACUUGAUUGAUUUUAUUCUAUGUUUAGAAGUUUUGGCAAUUAAAUUUUUAUCUAGUAAUCUUUUCAAAGAAAGCAAAUAUAAUUUACAAAAUCUUCAAAGAUUAGAAUUAGUUUGCAAUGAAAUAGAAUUAAACAGAUCUAUACUUAAUAUAAAGUGUAAAACGCUUAAAGCCUGUGUAUUAUAUGAAAAAUAUUUUGAUAAAAAAAAGGAAUUAAUUUCUUUACUUUGUCAAAACUAUCCAAAUCUUGUUACUUUAUAUUAUUUUAGUAGCAAUCUUAGGCUCUCUUCUAUGUUAGUAGAACUUCAACAUCUUUAUCAACUACAGUUGGGAGGCUUUGAAUAUGAAGACUUAAAUAGUUUUUUACAUAAUCUGGAUACAGAAUUUGUUAAAUUAAAAGUUUUAGUAUUACCUCUUGAUAUUGAGCUUAAUCAACUUCCAAAUUUGAAAAAUUUUAUAAGACAAAAUAAAUAUUUAGAGAAUUUAAAACUAGUUAAAAAUUUCAAUAUCGAAAAGAAAGAAGAUUGUGAGAGAGAAAUAAUUGAUCUAUGUCAAGAAAGAAAUGUUAGAUGCAGUUUAAAAGUGCAGGAUAUUAGUUAA